GUUUACAGCAGAACUAUCUGGGUCCGGACCAGAACUGCGCAGGAUUUCGCAACCUGCCGGUUGAAGUCUCAGACGCGACAAGGAGAGCGUGCAUCACCUGUGUCAGGUGGAUCCUGCUUAGUGAUUGGUCCUGACAAAGACCUGAUGAUGUCAUCAGUGAAGGUUGAGUGCGUGGUGAAGGUGAAUGCUUUGGUUGGUGAAGGACCAGUGUGGGAGGAGUCAGAACAAACAUUGCUGUUCGUCGACAUCAUCGGACAGAAAAUCCACCGCUGGAAUCCAGCAACCAACCAGAUUCAGUCUCUGGAGACAGCUGACACGGUGGGCUUUGCAGUUCCUCGCAGGUCAGGUGGUUAUGUUGCAGGUGUGGGUCGCAGCAUUGUGGCUGUUGAUUGGUCAAAUCAGAAGAUGACAUCACUGGUGGACAUUGAUGAAGACAAACCAAACAACCGAUUGAAUGAUGGGAAGGUUGAUCCAGCUGGGCGGUUGCUGGCAGGUACAAUGGGGAAGGAGGAACGACCUGCACAAGUUCAGAAGAAACAAGGAGCUCUGUACUCUAUAAACUCGGAUCUUACUGUGACCAAACACCUGAGCCAGGUGGACAUAUCCAAUGGGUUGGACUGGUCUCUAGAUCAGAGGACGUUUUUCUACAUCGACAGUUUGUCCCUGACCGUGGAUGCUUUCGACUAUGACCCAAACACUGGACAACUGGGUAACCGACGAGUUGUGUACCACAUGGAGGAAGGAGAGGGGUUUCCUGAUGGGAUGACGGUUGAUGCUGAAGGUCGUCUCUGGGUAGCCUGUUACAAUGGAGGGCGAGUCAUCAAUAUUGACCCAACCACUGGUGUGCGGCUGCAGACUGUGUCUCUGCCGGCGACGAAGACCACCUCAUGUUGUUUCGGAGGUACGGACUACUCGGACCUGUACGUCACCUCAGCCUGUCUGGGUCUGGACCAAUCAGAGAGCGGCCAGCAGCCGCUGGCGGGGAACAUUUUCAGGGUCAAAGGACUCGGGGUCAAAGGUCGGCCAUCACACUCAUUCUCAGGAUGACUUUCAGGAGGCGGAGACUCGAUUCAACUAUGGAAGCCAUCAGAAAGAUGAUUGAUUGAUAGGUAACUGUAGUUAUUGAUCAAUGCUUAAGUGGAUCAAUAAAUUAAUCAAUUGCUGA